ACAACACACAAACAAUAAUUAUGACAUGUUAAGUUGCCCACUUGAUAAUGUCGGCCAUGUUACUUUUGCCACUCCACCCCACCAUUCCUCAACAAGGCAUCAUUUUUCUCAGUCAUUUGAACACCGACGACUAACAAGAUGUCGCAUCGUAAGUUCAGUGCCCCUCGUCAUGGCUCGAUGGGAUUCUACCCCAAGAAGCGUUCACGCAGACAUCGUGGCAAGGUGAAGGCUUUCCCUAAGGAUGACCCUAGCAAGCCUGUCCAUUUGACCGCCUUCAUCGCCUACAAAGCGGGCAUGACGCACAUUGUCCGAGAGGCUGACAGACCCGGCUCAAAGGUGAACAAAAAGGAAAUCGUGGAGCCUGUCACCAUUUUGGAAGCGCCGCCAAUGGUCAUUGUUGGCAUUGUCGGCUACAUUGAGACUCCUCAUGGCAUGCGUGCCCUGAAGACUGUUUGGGCUGAGCAUUUGGGAGAAGAGUGCCGCCGUAGGUUCUACAAGAACUGGUACAAGUGCAAGAAGCGUGCUUUCACCAAGGCCUCCACCAAGUGGAAGGAGGAUAUUGGCAAGAAGGAGAUUGAGAAGGACCUCAACAAAAUCAAGAAGUACUGCACUGUCGUCCGUGUCAUUGCCCACACCCAGAUGAAGCUCCUCAAGAAACGCCAGAAGAAGGCUCACAUCAUGGAAAUCCAGGUCAACGGAGGCACCAUCAGCGAGAAGGUUGACUGGGCUAGGGAGAAGCUGGAAAAGCCAGUUCCUGUUAAGGCUGUCUUCUCUCAAGACGAGAUGAUUGAUUGCAUUGGUGUCACCAAGGGUCACGGCUACAAAGGCGUGACUUCUCGUUGGCAUACAAAGAAGCUCCCCCGUAAGACCCACAAGGGUCUGCGCAAGAUUGCUUGCAUCGGCGCGUGGCAUCCUUCCCGAGUGCAGUUCACUGUGGCCCGCGCUGGUCAGAAGGGCUACCACCACCGCACUGAGAUCAACAAGAAGAUCUACCGCAUUGGUGACGGCAUCUACACCAAGGAUGGCAAGGUCAUUAAGAACAACGCUGCCACGGAGUACGAUCUCUCCGAAAAGACCAUCACACCUAUGGGUGGCUUCCCCCACUAUGGUGAAGUUAACAACGACUUCAUCAUGCUGAAGGGCUGCUGCAUGGGAUCGAAGAAGAGGGUCAUCACUCUGAGAAAGUCACUCCUGGUGCACACCAAGAGGGCUGCCCUGGAGAAGAUCAACCUCAAGUUCAUCGAUACCUCUUCCAAGUUUGGUCAUGGUCGCUUCCAGACCCCUGCCGACAAGUCUGCCUUCAUGGGACCCCUCAAGAAGGACCGUGUCAAGGAAGAAACCAAGGCUUAAUGGACUUUUAUCAAAUAAAUUUGAUAGCCACGAGAAAA